UAAUUUUAUUAAUAAAUUUAAAAGGAAAUUCUUAUUUCAGACGCGCCAUUUCUUCCAAGCAUACGGCAUCAUAUAAUAAUCAAUCUAGUCGAAUAAUUAUCAAAUAGUAUCAAAGCUACACUAAUAAGCAUAACGUUAUAACAAACAAAACAAUCUAUAAUCUCCAAUAAAUAAAUAAAUAACACACGCAUUAGAACGAUGGACAUCACACAAAUGGACUACGCCGCUCCGUCCGUCUCAUUCGGCCAGGCCUUCGAGUAUCCGCAAAAGCCGUCAAAUCGUCCGCAGUUGCGGAAUGUGACCGUCCGCGACCUCGACGACCUCAUCCGGCAAAUACACGCUGCGUUCGACAGCGACUCUGUGGACGUGGACCUCAUCUCUGCCAUACUCGCUGCCUACGACACCAACCCCGCGCACUGGAGGAAGUUCGCUAAAUUCGACCGUUACAAGUACACUCGUAACCUGGUGGAUGAAGGCAACGGCAGGUUUAACCUGAUGUUGUUGUGCUGGGGGCCUUCACAGGCAUCUACCAUUCACGACCACACAGACGCCCACUGCUUCAUGAAGGUGCUGUCAGGGGAGCUGGAGGAGAUGAGGUAUGAGUGGCCCGAGGGAAGCUGCAGUGGCGAGGGUAUGAGGGCAGUGGGGCGAACCCCUCUACCCACCAACGGCGUCUGCUAUAUUAAUGAUUCGCUGGGUUUACACCGCGUAUGUAACCCGUCGGACAGCGACCCUGCGGUUAGCCUGCACCUCUACUGUCCUCCCUUCAGCGCCUGCCAAGUGUUCGACGAGCGCACAGGCACCCCCAGCAAAUGUCCCGUCACUUUCUACAGCAAAUACGGGAAGCGCGUCAAGUAUUGCCAAAAAUGAACCUGCGUCUCGCGUCUCCAUGAGUGGUGCCACGUCAGCGAGGAAUGGAGAAAUGCUGCCUUCUAUUGUUCACAUAUAUAUACGAUAUAGAGUCUCUCAUUACUUCGAUACCGCUAAUUCCAUGUAUGCAGCAUUCCACAAAUAUUUAUUUAUUCCCGAUGAACUUAUAAAUAAAUUUAUUAACGAAAGUAAAUGCGCUAAACUGAGAAUUACGAAUCGAGGGUUAAAUUGGGUAUGGCCAACGAAAGCCCUCCAGGAAUUUAUGUGAUCUUGAAAAGUUGUAGCUGAAAUUAUGAUAAGAUUAAAUUAAGGAAAACUUUUUUUACCGCCUGUGAGAAAAUAUAAAAGUUUUAAUUAACUAGAAUUGCAAAAAUCGUGUAAAAUUUCUUGAAUUUUAAGAUUGUUAUGAAUAUUCCAAUGAUUCAAAGGUCCAAUAAUUUAAUAAAGUUAGUAAUAAAUAAGUUGGACAGAUUCUGUACAUUACAUAAUUUAUUUUCAUGAUAAUAUCAAUGGAAAUUGGAAGAGUAAGGACAAUACUUUAAUCAUUUAUGUGUCCGAUAUUAAUUAAUUUCAUCUUAUUGAGAAAGAGAAAAAUUUAGUUAGCAGUACUCUAGGCGUCAGCAUGCAACAGGCAUGCUCUUUAUGAAGCUGAACCCAUCUUAUAGCCAUAAAUAAAGUCUAAGUUUUAUCAUGGUAUCCUUCUGGUAUCCUUCGAUACCAGAAGGUCUAUGUCUGGUGAGAAGGAUACCAGACAUCGGUGAGACUGAGGAUCGUUAAUUAAUUACUUAUUCUUAGUUAUUGCUCGUCGGUGUUCUAUUGCAAAAACACGAUAAAGUGUU